CAGGCAACUGCUCCAGAGUCAUGGUAGAGGGGAAGUGAUCGAGCGGUCGCCUCGUAACAUUAAUGGCUCGCUUCGGUAUCCGUCAACGAGAAAGGCCUCGACGAAUGGAUUGAUUGGAUAUUCCCAACGUCUGGCAACAAGACACACGUAAAAUACAGCGCGGCUUGCUCCCAGUGAGCCUGCGCUGAGAGCAAAAGAGGAGGUUCCCGAAUAGAGCCCUUUAUUUAUUAUUUCAUUGUUUCCAGUCGGGAAAAUAAUUACAGCGACACAUCCUACAGCACUUCAUUUAUUGACGUUGUCCGCAUACACCAGAAAACUGGAUAAGAUUACAGUGCUUAGCCGAAGGCCAAAGCCAAGAGGAGGAGGAUGAAGCGGCGCAUUGCGGACUGCAGCAAACUCCGACGGCCGGUAAAACGGAACCGAAUCACCGAGGGUAUAUACGGCAGUACUUUCCUGUACCUGAAAUUCCUGGUGGUGUGGGCGUUGGUGCUGCUGGCUGACUUUGUGUUGGAGUUCAGGUUUGAGUACCUCUGGCCAUUCUGGCUCUUCCUCCGGAGUGUGUACGACUCCUUUAGAUACCAGGGGCUGGCCUUCUCAGUAUUCUUUGUGUUUGUGGCGCUUACUUCGGACUUCAUUUGCCUCCUCUUCAUCCCAGUACAAUGGCUGUUCUUUGCUGCCAGUACUUAUGUAUGGGUGCAGUAUGUAUGGCAUACAGAGAGAGGAGUCUGUCUGCCCACAGUGUCACUAUGGAUACUCUUCGUGUACAUAGAGGCAGCCAUCAGAUUCAAAGACCUGAAGAACUUUCAUGUAGACUUGUGUCGCCCCUUUGCUGCACACUGUAUUGGCUAUCCAGUGGUGACACUGGGCUUUGGCUUUAAGAGCUAUGUAAGCUACAAGAUGCGCCUCCGGAAACAGAAGGAGGUACAGAAGGAGAAUGAGUUUUACAUGCAGCUCCUGCAGCAGGCUCUGCCUCCAGAGCAACAGAUGCUACAAAGGCAGGAACGAGAAGCAGAAGAAGCAGCAGCUAAAGGAAUAUCUGAAAUGGACACACCUCCAGUGUCACAGAACGGCGCCCCUGCCAAUAAAAAGACCUCAGCGCCUCUGCCAGAGUUAGAGUAUAGAGAAAAAGGGAAAGAGGGGAAGGGUGGUGGGGAGGCUAAAAAGCAGCACAACAGCAACACCAUCCUGCCAUCAUCAGUGGACUCUAAACUCCAAGAGAUGGAGUACAUGGAGAACCAUAUGAACAGCAAAAGACUGACCACAGAACUGGGCAGCACAGAAAACCUGUUGCUUAAAGAGGACAACAAUUCCUCUUGCUCGUCCUCUUCUUCCUCUUCCUCCUCCUCAAAAAAUUACAAAAACAGCAAUGCCACAGCGCUCAACUCCUCGCCCCGUGGCCACAGUGCGACAAAUGGCAGUGUGCCCUCUUCUGCGCCUUCCUCUUCUUCCACAGGGAAGAACGAGAAGAAGCACAAGUUAGCAGUGGGGAAAGGGACGUCAGGUGGCUCCAACAGGGAUCCCACAGACAACUGUAUCCCCAACAACCAGCUUAGCAAGCCAGAAGCACUUGUUAGAUUGGAGCAGGACGUUAAGAAGCUGAAGGCGGACCUGCAGGCGAGCCGGCAGGUCGAACAGGACCUUCGCAGCCAGAUUGGCUCACUGGGCAGUGCUGAGCGCUCAAUACGUACUGAGCUGGGCCAAUUGCGCCAAGAGAACGAGCUUCUGCAGAACAAGCUUCAUAAUGCUGUGCAGGCAAAGCAAAAGGACAAGCAGGCUGUGGGACAACUUGAGAAGAGGCUCAAAGCUGAGCAGGAAGCUCGAGCCACUGCAGAGAAACAGCUCACAGAUGAAAAGAAGCGCAAAAAGCUUGAGGAGGCAACAGCAGCCAGGGCAGUAGCACUAGCUGCUGCUUCCAGAGGGGAGUGCACAGACACGCUGCGAAGGCGGAUAACAGAAUUAGAAUCGGAGUGUAAGAAACUAACCCUGGACAACAAGUUAAAGGAGGACCAGAUUAGGGAGCUCGACUUGAAAGUCCAGGAGCUUCAUAAAUACAAGGAGAAUGAAAAAGACACAGAAGUGCUGAUGUCAGCUCUGUCAGCCAUGCAGGACAAGACCCAGCACUUGGAAAACAGCCUCAGUGCAGAGACCAGGAUCAAACUGGACCUCUUCUCUGCACUGGGGGAUGCCAAGAGACAGCUCGAGAUUGCGCAAGGUCAGAUUCUUCAGAAAGACCAAGAAAUAAAAGAUCUGAAGCAGAAGAUAGCCGAAGUAAUGGCUGUCAUGCCCAGCAUCUCAUACACAACCGACACCAGCAGCAUGACCCCGGUGGCCCCCCACUACUCCUCCAAGUUCAUGGACACCAACCCCUCUGGUCUGGACCCCAAUGCCUCAGUUUACCAGCCCCUCAAAAAGUGACUGCUUGAUGCUAUCUCCCCUCCAUUCGCCCUUCUUUUUUUUUCUUCAUUUUGUGGGGGGGGAUCCCGGACCGUCUUCUUUCAAUCUGCUCGGCAUGUCUGCGGCUGAGAAUCUUGGGUCUUUCUUUUCUCCUCGCCAGGUCAGAAGGAUGUUGUAUUGUGUGUAGUUAAAACAAAAGACAAAAAAUAAUUAAACCAGACACAUCAAUUAGGAAGUCCCAUUUUUUUACCCCCUCCCCCAUGAGUGUUUAGUAAAACCUCACAGAUCCGGGGAUGUAUUGCUGUACAUCGAGAGUGUUGCUCUCAGCUCUCAUCACCAUUGCAACCCCUGGCAACCAAUAAGCUGCACUUUGGUCCUUGGGAGUAACUGCUUUAUGAUUUAGGAGUGGAGAAGAAAAUUCCCCUUAAACCAUGAAACAGACUCCAAGCUUAUACCCCACAGAUUGUUUUUCUCCCAAUGUAAUAAGGAAACAUUUGUACAAUCAGAGGAAUGUAGUGCAACAUUAGCACAGACCCACUGAGUUGUAUUUAAUUUAUUAUUUUAAUAUACAAUAAGACACCCAGUAAACCCUGCUCUCUGUUGCUUUCGGGGUUUUUACGCUGUAUGGCGUGAUUUUGUCUAGUGAUUUUUUUUUUUUUUAAGAUUCUGGUGUUCAACAAGCUGGAUGUGUUCAGAAAGCUUGACAUAGGCAGAAGCAGGCCCAUAUAAAUAAAAUACAGGCAGACAUUAAAUUUUGAACUGGUACACAAAAAAAAUAUAUAUAUAUCGUAUAUAAAUGUUUUCUGUGCUGUAUUUUCAGAGUGAACUUUGAGUUAAAAAGAGUGCAGGAUAAGUUGGUCAAUAUUUCGCAUAGUAUUUCGGCUGUUCUCAUGAUGGAGGACAUAUUGAGUUUAAUAAGGAAUCAAAUUCAAAUUGCCCUUCAGAAUUGAAACUGAUGCAAGAAGGAUAAUUUGGGGGGGGGCUUGUGUUGGAUGUCAAACUCACUCGUGAGCACUUAAAGGUUUAUUCCUUUUUCCUGAAAUAAUGAUUUCAGUUCCAAAACGAAAAAGUCCUGGUCAUUCUGCUCGGCUUACGCAGACCGGUAUCUGGCUCAUCACACAGCUUUGCUGCUGUUGGAACUCCUCCUAAACUGUCUUUAGUUGCUGCCUAUUUUCUUUUUCAAUUUCCAAUUGAAGCUUGCACUGCAGAAAACAUAUUUGAAAGGGAAAAACAAAAAUGGACCAUGCAAUGUGAAAUAAGAGAGCUCUGAGAAUGCCAAAUCUGUAACUGCAUUUAAUUGAUCCUCCUCUUCAGUUUGUGUGCCAAGAAUACAAAUCUAGUUUUUUUUUUCCAGUAGUGCAUUGGAGAAUGUACUGCAAAUACAUUGGCUGAAUCACAUUGAAUAUUUCUGUUGUGACCUGUUUGGACUUUGUGAGUAGUUGUCAGCAAAGGGUCUUGGACAUCUCAUUUCUUCUCAUGAAUGUUACAGUAUUUGCAACUCGGUUUCCAAGUAGUUUUCUUUCUGGGUUUAUUUUCCUGCAGGAAGCAACUGGCUUGAGUCUGAUAAGGUUUCACCAUCAUCUGAAAUGGUCAUUGUUGUGUGUGUGUGUGUGUGGUUUUCACCUUCUGUGUAUGGAGAGGUUUUUUUUCUGCUUGAUUGCUGUUAUUGGCUCUUGAACCAAGUGUUGUGAAAAUAACAGUCUAGCUGGUUGUUGGUCAACUGAUUGUUGAAAGUAUAGAAAAGUGUUUUGUUUUUUUUGUUUUCUAUGCCCAGUCACGCUCUUCCCCUCCAGGUCUGACCUUGGCUGCGCUCUCGCUCUGUGAGGUUUACAAGGAAUAAACUUUUUUUUUUCUUGCAGAA